UCCUGUAAUCCAAUAAACAUGCUCGACAGUAACAACGUUUGAAUCAUUCUAUUUGGCAUUUUAUUAACAAACAUGAACUGCUGCACCGAUCCAGGCUGUUUUAAACGCAAAAAAAUAAAUAUUUCUAAGCCAAUUUUGGAAAAUGUAAAACUAGAGCAAGAUAUACAAGAAGAAAGUAAACCAACUAAAGUUGAAUAUGCUAUUGCCAAAUAUCUUAGAGACAAGCUUCCUGCAAAAAAGACAACACUUCUCAGUCAUAAAGUAGAAUAUUUCAUUGCUUCAAAAGCUAUUGAUUGUUUGAUGGACUCACCAUGGGCUAAAAGUAAGAAGAUGGAAGCUAAUUUCACAACAAGAGAAUCAAUUGUGGAGUUCAUGGAUAACAUGCUAAGGCACAAAUUUUUUCAUCGUGCAAAGAAAAUUGUUGUUCAGAAAGAUAGUAAAAAGAAAAAAAAAGAAAAGGAUGAAGAAACUAAUGCUGGAAGUGAAGAAACAAAGGAGAAAGAAAAAAAAUUGAAAGAGAAGGAGAAAAAAAGUAAAUCAGAAAAAGAAGAAAAGGCUGACACUAAAAAGGAAGAAGGGCCUGAAAAGAAAAAAGAAAAGAAAAAAAUUAAACUGGACAUGCAUCUUGAACAAGUUUUUGUUGAUGGAAAUGAGGCUUACGUUUGGAUUUAUGAUCCAAUUCCAGUUAGAGCUUGGGUGAUUGGAACUUUAUUAGUUGUUGGUGCUGUAUUAGUAUGCUUGUUUCCACUUUGGCCCAAAAUUGUUAGACAUUAUGUGUAUUACUUGAGUAUUGCAGCAACUGGCUUUUUAAUAUUAAUUAUUGGUUUAGCUGUUGUUCGACUGGCAGUAUUUGUUAUCAUCUGGCUUGUUUCUUUUGGAAAACAUCAUUUAUGGUUAUUACCAAAUCUUACAGAAGAUGUGGGUUUUAUAGAAUCAUUCUGGCCAUUAUAUAAAUACGAAUUUAAAGGACAAAAAGAUAAAAAUGGAGAAAAGGAAGAAAAACCUAUACAAACCAAAGAAACAACAGAAGAUAAAGAAGAAUCCACAACAGAUCAAGAAGGAAAAGAAUCUGAGGACCAAGUGCAUUCAGAAUCUGAAAAAGAUAGUGAAGUGGAAAGGGACAGAAUAGAAAGAGAGAAUGGAGACAAUGGAUUUGAAAUUCUUGAUCCUUGUGAAGAAUUGGACCAGGACAAGAAAGACAAACCAACAGUAGAUCCGAAAGUAUAAUUGUUAAAAAAAUUAAUGUAUUUCCUUUCUGUUUUAUAUGUGAUCAUAAAAAGUACGGAGGAAUAUAUGGCAGAUGUUUUGUAAUUUAUUUGCAAUGUGUAACUUCAAACAAAGAUCUAUUCUCUGUUGCAUUUUUAAUUCAAGCAUUCCUCUUUUACAACUUGGACUUUUUAUCUUCACAUAAAUGUUUAACCGUGCACACAUCUGGUUAUUAAAAAAAAAAAAUUAUAAAUAACCAUUUAACUGACAGUGCCUGGAUAAGAAUAUUUACAAAUAAAAGUACUGAUUGUAGCAA